GAAAACGAGGACGUUUUCUAGUAAAGGAAUGCCAAAAUCGUAAUAUGCUCGGGGAACGUCUCCUUCCUCUUCCUCUCGCAGUCUCGCACCCACAAGGGCACCCCUCAGUGUCUGAGUCUCGUCACUCUCUCGGUAAGCUCAAGCUCUCUCAUCUCUCUCCCUGUCGCUCUCGCACUCAAGCUCUCUCGCACUGCCUCCGGUCUCGCACUCAAGCUUGUUGUUGCUCGUCACCGUCUCGCAGUCAGCGCGCGCCUUCCCUGCGCUCGUCAUCUCCGGCGGCAGAAGCAGCACGUCCCGGGCUGGUCGUCGUCUUUUUGCUUCGAGCCUCGCCGUCAGCAGCUGGUCCCCGAUUUGUGACCCAGUAGUUUGUUUGGUUCCAUCACCAUUUACCGCAUCGGGUACGGCGACCCAAGAGUCACGCCACCGUCACCGCUGGAGUCACUCUCACUGGAAGGAGAAUCAAAGCGGAGGCUAUGAAGGUGUUUAAUAUAAAUGGAGCGACACUUUCUCUUGCACUCUACACCGAUGUCACCAAUUCCAAGGAGCUCUUGGAAAGUAUGCAAGCUGGGACAUUGGAGCCAGAAGUUGCAUUCCUCAAUGCUUUACUUAUUCUAGAUGUUUUUCCUCUUCUAGCUGCUGCGCACAAGACACUUGUAGCUAAGUCACGGGAUUCUUUGACCACACGCACUCUUCACUCAGAGCUUAUUUACAAUUACUCAGGGUCCAAGCAUAUUAGUGAAUCUUUGAAAAGAUGUGGUAUCUCAGAUAACACGACAUACAUCCUUGCUGCUAGAUUUGAUGCUACUCCUAAUGAGAUAAAAGCUAUUGAGAAGCUCAUUAAUGGAAAAGAGAUUGAACUGGAGGAGCUGGAAGGGAGAGCAAACCAAUCCCAGAUACAAAAGCACUACAAGAUAUAUGCUCCCGAACUCGGAGUUUCAUCACUUGCAGAUGCAAUAACUUGCCGAAUUGCUUCUCGCGAUGCCUUGUGAGAACGAUGACUGUGAUCUGCAUGUAUGUUACAAGUUUCGGUCUCUCUCAUUGAUCUAUUUACAGAAUCAAAAAUGCUAUUCGUACAUCAAAAUUAGCCACUAAAAUCAGUCACCAAUGUAUUUGUGUAUAAAUACAUGUGUGAUUUAAUUUAUUUUCAUCAUAUAUUUGUAUUCUGGUAUGUAUUUUAUACUGAUGACUAACUUUGGUGGCUGAUUUUGGUGUACACGUGACAUAGUCCUUAUAGAAUAUGUAAAAGAAAGCUUUUAGCUUCCAUAAGAAGUACGUUACCUUUCCAUGUUUCCUACAUUUGAUAUUUAUUUUAGUCAAUCUUACUUGAGUUUCUGUAACAUUUCUUAUGGAAAUUGGGAAAUCUAAAGUAAGCUUGUUGUUA